AUGGGGAUUGGUCUUUAUUUAAUUGUUGCAGGAACUUUAAUCACUGGAGCAGCAAAUUCUUUACUUACAAAAUAUCAAGAUAAUCAAUGUGUUGAUAAUUGUCAUGAUCCUAAUCCUGAUAAUCAUAAACUUUUCCAACAACCAGGUAUUCAAACCAUGCAAAUGUUUCUUGGUGAAUUAAGUAUGUAUUUAGUAUUUGUGUUUUAUAAAUGGUACAACCAUGAUAAUAAUAAUAAUCAAUACAUUCAAUUAAAUGAAAAUGAACAAUUGAAUGAGUCAUCUAAUAACCUUCCCCAUGAAACAUCAAUAUUUGAAAAUUUUAAAUUAUCAAUUCCAGCAAUUUGUGAUUUAAGUUGUACUACUUUAUUAAAUAUUGGAUUAGUUUAUACUCCUGUUUCUAUUUAUCAAAUGUCAAGAGGUUCAGUAGUAUUAUUUGUGGCUACAUUAUCAGUAAUAUUUCUUAAACGGAAAAUAACUAAAUUAGAAUGGUUAUCAUUAUUUUUAGUAACAUUAGGAAUUGGUCUUGUUGGAUUAAGUGGUUCAAAAAAUCCUUCUUCAACUCCAAAUUCAUCUUCAAAUAACUCACCUGGCCCGGCAUUGGCUAUAUUUUUUGGAAUUUUUUUAAUUAUUUGUGCUACAUUUUUACAAGGGAUUCAAUUUGUUGUUGAAGAACAUAUUCUUAUUAAAAAUCCUAUUAUUCCAUUACAAUUAAUUUAUAUUGAAGGAUUUUAUGGAUUAUCAUUAAUGAUAAUUAUUUGUUUAUUAUUAAAUUUUUUAAUUAAAUCAAUUGAAUCACCAAAAGAUUUCCAAUCUUCUCCAUUUAAUUUAUUUUUAGCAAUUUAUCAAGUUUUCCAUAAUGAAAAAAUUUUAAUUUCAUCAAUUUUAAUUCUGUUAUCAAUUGCUAUUUUUAAUUAUUGUGGACUUUCUAUAACUCAUAAAAUUUCUGCUACAGCAAGAUCAACAAUUGAUACUUGUAGAACUUUAUUGGUUUGGAUUAUUGCUAUGACUAUGAAAUGGGAAUCAUUCCAAUUAUUACAAUUUUGUGGAUUUAUUGUAUUGGUUUUCGGAACUUUAUGUUUUAAUGGAGUUUUAAACCCAGAAAAUUGGUCAUUUAUUCCCAAUUGGUUGAAAAAUAAUGAAGGUAAUACUUCUCAUGAAAGAUUGAUUGAUGUGGUUGAUGAAAUUGAUGAACCAAUUGAAAGAAUGUAA